AUGAGUUCCCCUAUUUCUAGCCUGAAGAAAGGCAAAAGAAACCCUCUGGAACCAAGGUAACCAUUUGUAAACAUAAAACUUCGAAACGUUUCAUUGAAUUUUAAAAUCAGGAGCUUAUUAUUAAUACUGUCCAAUAACUUACUGUUUUGUGAAUAUAAGAAAAAUAUGUCUUUUUUUUUUUCACUAUACGUAGUUACGUUUGUGCAUGUUCUUUCAUGUUAUUUUAGCAUCUUGUUAGUUUAAGGGCUACAAUGAUCAAAUUUGCAUCGCGAAUCUGUUUUUCAUUCUAAAGCUUAGUCUUACAUGAGAUUGACACAAUGAAUAAUGUCGUAUGUUUUUUGUAUUUUAGACUAUUUACUGAUUCAAGCUAGAAUAAUACAGAAAAUAACCAAAAAGUCUCAUUCUACAUUCUACAGUAAAUAUAUUGUUUACACCCAUCUCAUUGUCGCCUAAACUCGUCAUUUUGCAUAAUUUUGAACACUUAAUAUUUAAUUUGUUUUCGUCUUUGUUAUCAAGCAAUGGUCCCCUAAAAGUAACGAAAGCCGCGAACUUUCCAAUCAUUCAAACCAUGAUGAGUACAGUGCAGGUAGUAUCAUUUCAACUUUCAAAUUUGUCUGCAAAUAACUACGUACAUACAGUCAAUGCUCAUACUGAGUUGAGGAAAGUUUGGUAUUUGGUAAAUUUGGUUUUUAGAGCUGUGCUCAUGUGCAGUUUGCCCUAAGUUGUGUUUUGAUGACAAUGGCACUCCAUGUUUAUCCCAAGAAAUUACACAUAAACAAAUUAAAAGAAGGGUACCAGUUGACUUAUAUUUAAACACAGGACAUGUUUAAGAAAAAUAUUGUUAUUUGUUACAGUUUUUCAAGGUUUGAUCAAUUUCAGGCAAAUUAGAUUUUCAUUUUUGAUUUGCUUACCAUAGAAAAGGCAGGGUUUAUUAGGUUGACCAACUCUAUAGUUAUUCCGUGGGAUGCCUGUGGCACUCCCACAGUAAAAAUGCGGUUCGGUUGUACCCAAAAUUGCAAAGCCAGCCAAUAGGAUUGCCUAAAAUCUUUAUCAAUUAUCUCUUCUUCCAAGCCGACCAAUCAGAUUGUACAAACUCUGUAUCGAUUUUUAAUCGAUUUGCUUCCUCUGAAGAACGUUGAAAUCAGAAUGUUCCUUGCCAAAUUUGUCGCACUUGAGUUUUCCCACUCAUGGUUUAGGAUGGCUCGUUAAUCGGCGAAAUCCUUCGGGAUACUGGCAAGUCACGAAAGGCGACCUAAGCCAAAUUAUUUCUUUCCUUCAUGAUUCUUUUUUGUUUAGGUCUAGCUUUUUCAUAAGGUUUUAGUAGGGUCUGGUUGCGGGCCGUGAUUUCCGAUAGAUUUUUCUGUUCGGAGUUUGCCAGUUUUUGCCGAGCACAGCUAGAGUUCAGUUAUUUUCUUUUCUCAUCAAAAACACCUUGACGAUGGGAGGUUAAAUCGCGUAAAUUUCAACUUGUAGCCUUGACGAUUGGCGGUGAAAUCGCGAAAAUAUUGUCCUCGUCAUUUGAUGACUCGCUUUUGGCAUGGAUUGGACUUCUGGAUGGGACAUGGAUCAGGACCUUAGUAAACAUAUUAUACCUUGGAAUCAGGGAAAAUCAUUGGAACUAUGUUAACUUUGAGACCUUGGAAACACAUUGCAAUUAAUUUUUAACCGUAUCAAGGGCAUCUUGGAAUAUUAAACUUUCAUCUUGGAUUAAAACAGUGGAACUUUUUCGAACUUUGUAACCUUGGGUUUGACCCUGGAUAAAGCAAGCGGAUGUUUUGUUUUGUUUUGUUCCAUUAACCUAAAACUACAAUGUUCAUUUCUCUUUGAGAAAGUUACCUGUGGCUACUUACUACCAAGAUAUGACGUAUCUUUAUACAUAUAGUUUCUGUUCAGGUUAAUCAGAGAGCAUUAUGGGCAUGUUCUCCAUUACUUGUUUCCGUUAACAUUCCAAUUUAAGUUACACGGGUAAACCUUGUUUUGAUGCAAAAUAACUUCUUUUUCUUAUCCAAAUCGUGCUAUGAAAAUAACUACAUAGCGAUAGAUCAAAACAAGAUCAACUCCAUCCUUGCGACCAGUGACAACUAUAAAUUUAGCUUGCGUAGCAGGUGUCGAAAGGGGUAGGGGAUAGGGAGGAAGCAAAAAGGGGAUGUGGAUUGGAAAGAAAUAGUAGCCUGUCAUGCAGGCUACUAUAAAUUCAGUCAUAAGCACAUUAAACCAACCCAUACAGGUAACCUACUCAUCGAUGCUCAUAACAUGACACAUCUCUCCAAUUUCCCUAAUUUUUCCAAAUUCAGAUAGAACGCCAUUAUGCUUCCAUAGACCAACGCAUCCCAUGGAAACGACUUUAGGCGUCUUGUUUAAUAUUAACUGUCUAUUGUUUUAGGCAAGCUCAAGUCCCAUUUAGGAAUCAAGGAAACAUUCCAGGUACAUGUGCUAGUUACGCCUGCCAUAAUUUACACCAUUGCACCACCAUGCAAUAGAUAAAAAGCAGUUAAAUCAUUGCUUAUUCAGUUCUUAAUGAAAAAUAAUCAAUAGAGAAUUAAUCAGUAUUGCUUGUUUUAGUAAACCGUAUUCUGCUCAUCCUAGCUUGUUGGAUUAUUAUCUUGAUCAAAAAAAAAAAAAUCAACUGGGACCCAUGGCCAGGGGUUUCGUUUCAGGCCGGACGUCAGAUGCAACAUCCGGUUGUUUGGCAUGUAACAUAUGGUUAAUGGUAGUUCACACAUGAAAACAAUUAUAUAGUUAAUAUGUAUUAGUAUCUUUUAAAGACCGUCCUGGUGAACCAAUUUCAGUCUAAGGAACACAGGAAAUUGCAUUUUAGAAAUUAAAGUCCAAUUAUAAAAAUUUCACGUGGGAAGUAUGCCUCCUCAACGAACCCUCAACGUUUGUGCCUGUGGCAUGAACGGUGUAAGUCUGCCAGUUCUCUGCAUCUGGUUCUGCCGAAUGCUACGAUCAACUGAAUACUCUAUAUGGUACCAACUUAAUCUUUGUCUUUCUGUGAUCUUCUAGAUGACAUUUCUGGUUCUUUGUUGAAGAACAAUGGCAUGGCAAAAUUACCCAAGUCUUCAAGCUCAACUCACGGUAAGAGUGGUGCAAUGUCAUAGGGAGGUGAGAUUACAAAGUGAACUUGGUCCUUUUGUUAGUAUUGUAAUUAUGCAUGACUAAAGGAUUUGAAAAGAAAAAAAAAGCAUGAUGAACCAGUAAUUACGCAGGAGGCAAGCUUGACCAAGCAGUUAAGUUGCCAGACUUUCAUUGCCAUCUGAUCCCAAGGCCUCAAGUUCUACUGUAAUUCCCAUAUUUGAUUGCCAGCUGCUGGAUUUAUUGUUCCACCACCGCCCUCAGUGACAGUUUAAAUCUGUUGCUGUUCUUGUAAAUGGCCUACUGGUUCAAUGCUUCCGUCACUAGGAUUUGUUCAUGUAACCUUGCAGUUACAUCUUAGUUUGAGUUUUUUUUGUAAAUAUGGUUCAGGGGAAAUAAAUAGUAAUAACUGCUAUUAUUGUUUUAUUAUUAUGUUUUAACAAAGCCAUUUUCUGGUUACUGUCUAGCUAUUAUUGAACUAAAGCCUACCAAUGAAAAGCCUUUUGCACGUUGUGCACUUUGUGGCCUUAGUUCUGUUCCAGUAGCAAACUAUCAGCUUGGAGAACCGAAGUUUGAGAAUGCACAGAAGGAGAGCUUUAUCUCCUCCCCUCUCCUGUUGCUUUUCCAGCCCCAUUUUUUUCUUUUGCUGGGCAUUUAGUAGGAAGGCUUCAUUUUGGUGGGAAAAGUUUUAGGGAAAACUUUUUUGAUCGUAUAGGAUUAGAUGGAAGGAAGUGUGGGUCGUGGUGGGUUGUGGAACAAGAUUUUCAUGUGAAUUUUUGGGUCAACUUCACAUGGUUUUCUCUUUGCCUUUUUGUCUGUCCCCUUGACUGAAUUAUGCUCAUUUUGGUGUGGUUUGAAAGAUCUCUUCCUCCUGCACAAGUUACUGACAAAGUUGUCCUUGACCCUUAAGACUGAUGAUCACACAUGGGAUACAUAGGAUGUGGUGAUUAUGGGCGGUUCAGGAGCGAAUGGGUUAGACUCUUGGUCAAAGAAUGGGCAUUUACAGUGAUCAUUAUUAAUAGUACCCACAGAUCAUGAACUUCUUGGCAGUAUGAUGUCUCGUUUAGCUCAAGCAGAACAGCAGCUAAAAGCUGCUCAGACACAGCUACUUGAAAAGGUAAAAGAAAACAUUGUAAAUAUUUAUUAUAGUACUGUAAAUAAUUAUGAUGUGGUAAAGUAUAAAUAAUAAUUAUGAUGUGGUAAAGUAUGAUUUAAGCUAAGUUAAAUGUAAAACAGUGCUGGUCAGUGGCCUCCCCUGUUGCAGGCGUGCAGAGUGGUUGGGAGGUUUGCAGGUGGUGACGAGGUUUUACAGCUUGGCUGUUGAGGUCAACUUCUUCUCUUGUGCGCUUUGCCCGUUUCGACUGUGCUUGGCAACCUCACUCUCUGCCCUCCCUCCCUCUCUGUGGUAAGUAUGAGGUAAGCAUCAUUUUUCCACUUUUGUUUUUGGUGUGACAAUGCCUGGUGGUUGCUGCUUAUACAGGGUUUUCGUGGUUACCCUACAUGCUUGGCUCUUGUGCUUGUGGCUCAAACAUCUUUCCAGGCACCUUCCCCAAGCUCAUCUACUGUUGAUGAGUUUAAAUUGAUAAUAAUAAUCAUACUAAUGAGUAUUACUUUUAUUUAUACAGUCACGUAAUUAUUUUAAGUAUGUGGUUUUGCAUUGUUUCACUGAGUAUGAAACAAGACAGUGUUCUCCUUAGCAGGUAGUAACCAGUAAAAAUUACUGCCUGAAACGGCACUUCUUACCACCUGCAACUGCUUGGAGGUUUACUAAAACUAAAUAUUGCAGUUUUAAUAAAUUAUGCAAGUUGUGGUCCAAUCCAAUCAAGGAAAUGAAUGAAUGUGUUGAAAAGAAUUAAAGUAUACACAGCUCUUCUAUUUAUGGGCUAUGCAUUUUGGAAACUUAAAAGAACAUUGAAGACAGAGUAAAAUUAUUUGAAUAAAACGUUUUAAAUUGUUGUCUAAAGAUAACAAAGUUCAAUUUGCAUAAAAUAGGUCUUGAAAUGAGGGAAUGACGUUUUAGACAACUUAGCUCCUAAAUUUCCCUGAGAGGGCUGGGCCAUGUCCCUUACUCCAGUAUCCCCUCCCCCUCCCCCCCCCCCUCCCAGGAAAGUGCGCCUCUGGGGCAUUUUUAGCCUUACUAGCCAUGAAUGUUUCCUUACCUUCUAAGCUAAAAUUUAAGGAGAACACUGUCUCUUAUUUCAUUUCCACUGAAAUUUUGUGCUUGUGAGCACAAAGAUGAGCGUGACAUACAUUUUUAAAGGCUAAUUUCUAGAGGUCUUUGAUUUACAAGUCUGGUUGAAGGGUUAACUAUACUUGUGCGCUUGAGACCAAGAUCAAAAUAGUAUUAAAUGAGAAGUGUAUGAUCGUGGGACUUACUGAAGCUGUAAUGUCUCUUUUUCCCACUUCUUACAUAACAUUUGUGCACCAAAAUUUUGUGAGCACAGGUUAUUUAAUUAGGUUAAUUUGAACUUACUGUAAUGCAGCUCUGUGUAAAGUAGAUUCCGUCCAACCUCCCAAUCACCUAAAGUACAUUUAAUAUUCAGUGGUUGUUUAUGGGAGGUUGUCAAAGAAUGAAACAAUCGAACAAAAAAUGGGUGUUUUCCAAUUAGAGGUCCUGACACAUAUACUUUUUGAAGGAGAAUUUACUGCAUGCAAUUUCUUAGUUACCAGUUAAGUUCCAUGUUGUCACUAAGUUCUUCGUAUACACUCUGAGAAGCAUAGUACAUAUAGGAAACAUAGAGAUUAGACCUGUGUCAAGUGGUCACUAACAGAAGUUUAAAAACAAUGGAAAAUUUAAAACUCAUUUUUGUCUCUCCACAAAGUGGUUGCGGUCGCUUACGAGGGAUGGUCGUUUACUAGAGGUUACUUACCAAGACCUUGAUUAUUCCGGAUAUCACAAAAAAUAAGUCUAGCAAUGUUGUUUUCAAUUGCUAUACAUGUUCAUUUUUUUUGAAGAAAAUAACAACAAACACACUGUUCCACAGAACACAGUCUGACAUUUAUACUCUUAGAAUUCAUGCAUUGCACUUGCAACCUACAGAUAAGUCACUAAUCUACAAGCAGAUAACUGACUAAUCUGUAGGUUGCACUGAUUUCCAAAUAAACUGUUGGCUCUUAUCCUAUCAAUGAGAAGUCAGAUAGUGAGUACAAUGUAUAAUGUAACAUAAUUAUUAAAUUAUCUCGUCAUUAAAAGCUGUAGAUAUCUGAAGUCAACACUGCAUAAGGCAGAUCUGGUAUUCAUGUAAGUGUUGAUCAACAUUCACCCUUAACUUUUAAUUUCUGUUUGUUUGGUUUUUUUAAGGAUAAGAAGAUUCGAAUCCUUGAGGAAAAAGCUAAAUUGUUAGAAAAAGCCAGAGGUAAGAUACAGUGUAAAGGUUGAGUGCAUGUAAGUUAUUAAAAAUAUCAAGCAUUAAUUAGUUGAGAAAGUCUUCCAUUUAAGUCAAGUGUAACCUGAGAUCAGGCUCAGUUUUCGUUUCGCUUUGUAAUAACAUCCCGGCCGGCAAGGCAAAACGAAUGUAGCUGUUAGAGAGAAUGUAUGAGAACCACUAAAAUUGGGCCUGAUCUCAGGUUAAGUCAAGUGAACCAAAACUCUCAAUCUCAAUGGAUCGUAUUGAGACGGGCGUAGCUACCUAACCUCAGUGCACUCAUGGGUUACUGGCAAAAUGUUGAAUAUUGAUAAAAACAAAUUCUAAAAUAAUGAUUAAACAAACAAACAAACAAAGGCAAACAAAAAAACAGAAGGUAUAUAAGUGAUAGCUUUGCUGUCAAAUAAUUCUCCAAAAAAAAAUUCAGCUAACGACCACUGAAGGCGGGAGAAAUAAGCAGGGUCCAGGGUGCUCCCCCCUAGGGAAUUGUGAAAUUAAAGUCUCAUUUUGAGGUGCAUUUGCGACAUUUAUAGUAUAUAUUUCGUGACAUUUUGCUCAUUGUGUGAAUGAGAAAAGGCAUUUCUGACCGUGAUAGUAAUAAAAAUCUUUAAUAAAGUAGCCAAUGUCAAAAAAUUAUUUGCUGGUGGAUUAUCGUUGAAAGAAGGCUUACUGAUAUACAUGUAAUAUGUGUUUACAAAAAUACAUUGAACAUACAAUAUGUAAUUCAAUCAUGAUAUAAACACAAGUUCUAAUCUGCUAAUCUGCAUGGUACACAAAUGUUUUACAGGUUAUAAUUCAGAUACAAUAACAGAACUAGAAAGAAAAUGCAGGAGAUUACAGACUCAAGUAUUUCAGAUGGAGGUACAGUGGAAUACCGUCUUUUUACCUACCCCCCCCCCCCCCACCCCCACCCCCCCCCCCCCCCCGUUUUUCCCCCCCCCCCCUUUUUACAACCCAUUUUUUUUCCCCCACACCAAAAAACCCCCGGACUCUUUUUUUUUUUUUAAAACCCUCUAUAAUGAGCCCAUUUUUUUAUUACAGAGGGUUCUAAACACUGAAGAAAAAAAAAUGUUUAAAAAUUUUAACUCAAAAAACAAAAAAAGAAUCUAAAAAAAAAGGCGACAGAUUCAAAAAAAAAUUUUUCCAAAGGGAGGUACAGGGAAACCCCCCUUUUUACCUCCCCCCCCCCCCCCCCAACCCCAACCCCAACCCCACCCCGGUUUAUACGACCACCUCGUUAUUACAACCAUAUUCUUUCGACCGAAACGGAAAAACCACUGAGUCUUUUUGUUAUUUUGAAUACCUCGUUAAUGCGACCAUCUUGUUAUUACAGUCAGGGUUUUAUUGUCCAAUGGUGGUCGCAUCAACAGGGUUCCAUUGUAGUGGGGAUAUGAUCCUGGCUGAAAUUAAGAAAAUCUGUUUUUUUACCCAGCUUCAAGUCAGUUUUAGUUAUGGUAUGCCAACAUCAUCCCAUAUGUUUAUGCUUAGACUCUGAAGAUGACUACAGCACAGGUUGUCGAAACGUUAGUCACUGUCAACAACACUCAACCGAACGAACAUACUCAACCUACUUAUCAAGUGACUCCUGGGUUCAAACCUUUCACAGUUUUACGUUCACUUGGACGACAGAGCGAACAACUUGCAAACCACAAAAACCCGGACACUGAAGAUGACUACUGUAGAGGUUGUCAACCAGCCUGCGAGGAAGAUAUUCUCUCGCGGCUUGCUUCGCUUGGGAUAAAUGGAGAGCUUGCUCACAGGCUUGUCGUCGAAACUUCAGUCAAAAAAAAAUAAAAGAAAACUUCUAACAUUUAAUAAGUUGUUUCCACCACUACAGCAUUCUCGCUAAUACUCGUAGUAGAAUGACGACCAGUGACGACGUGACGACAGCUAUCGCGUUUUCCCGCCAAAAUAGGGACUUUAAGAUCCAACGAGACCCUAAUGACUUUAUAUGACCGCCUGAGCGGGUAUUGAAGAAAAACGGUACGACAGACUAUUACUUUCUCUAUUUCAGGACUUUUUGGCUGAUUAUGGUAUGGUGUGGGUUGGAGAUGACUCUGCUGCUGAUUCUGAUUAUGAUGUUUUAGAAGAAUCACCAUCCUCAGAUACUAGCACUUUGAGCCAUCAACAGGCAGUAUGGAAUCCUGGUAAGUUAAAAUUUUGUAUGUUACCUACACGUAAUUAAAAGUAUGUUUUAAGAUUAAAAUGCCCUGUUGUUGCAAAAGAAAAUAGUGGUAGUCCUGUGAACCUUGAGAUUCUCGGGCAUGCGCAUUUGUUAGUCUUAAAACCCACGAGGUUUUUGGUCGUUUUGCUCGCUCAGACCUUUUUUUUCUGCUAGUGUUUCGAGAUGUAUUUAUUAAAGUUUUACACAAUUCUCACCGACCAAUUACCCGGAAGAACACCUCUCCACACUAAGUUUAGAGCGAUUACCAGCCGCUAUUCGGAAAAUGAGCCCGCGCUCUGCCCUUAUUCCUUUCGCGAAGGAACAAGACUGGACCCGAGAGAGCGGGUAUUACCUAAUAAUCAGUUAAUGCCCUGUCCACACUAGGUUUACGAGCGCCAUUACCAGCCGCUGUUCGCGUAAUGAGCUCGCGCUCCGCUCUCAUUCCUUUCGGGGAGGAACAAGACUGGACCCGAGAGAGAGCGGGCAUUACCUAACAACCAGUUAAUGCCCUGUUCACACUUGGUUUACGGGCGCGUUUACCACCUACUGUUCAGAAAAUGAGCCCGUUUGCAACCUUCUUUCCCUAGGGAAGGAACAAGACCUGGCCCCAGUUGUUCAAAACGUGGAUAACGCUAUCCACCAGAUAAGUACUAUCCAAUGCAUAGCGCAGUUGGUUUCCCUAACACUUAUCCGUUGGAUAUUGAUUUAUCCGGCGGAUAGCGCUAUCCAGCUUUUGAACAACUGGGGCCUGGGGCCCGUUUCUCGAAAGUCCCGAUAAUUAACGGGCCCGUAAAGCUGUUGUUGUUUACAUACAAGACAGAGGUUUCAAUAGUUUUGCAUCUAACAUGACAAAACUAUCAGUUAGUGAAACAAAAUGCAGUAUUUUGUUAGCCUGGACCCGCGCUCUUAUUCUUUUUAUAUCGAUUUGAAUAUUUGAUUUCGGGCCCGAAUAGUUAUCGGGACUUUGGAGAAACGGGCCCCUGACCCGAGAAAGCUGCGGAAAUAGAGCCUACACUCGUUCUCGUUUUUAUAAAAAACAGAGAAAUGCCGGUGUCCAUACUAACUUUAACGGUUUCGCCCUGACGAAGGAUUAUAGCACUCGAGACUUCAGCUUUUUAACGAUUUUACGCUGGUAAAUGAAAUUUUCCACAUGAUACAGUUGAUAAAACCAAAUUUUUGUUUUUUCAGACAACUUUUGUUUUUCGCCCCAUGUAUUAAAAAGGGCAUCCAAGAUAGUAUUGGAUACCGGAUUCCUUGAGCUGUGUUCCGGAUUCCAAAGUCCAGGAUUCCGGAUUCCAAAAGAGUAAAUUUCUCGGAUUCCGGAAUCGGGAUUCGCUUACCUGGGGUCGAAAUUUCAACCUAGUGUAAGACUGAACCAGAACUUACACAUGUAAUUUCUUUACCAAUUUCAGACCAUAUUAGAAAAUAUGUUUAAUUUUUUGAUAAUACUACCUGUUUCUUAUAGUUACCGUUUUUCAAUAUUUUAUACUAGAUUCUUCACUAGUUAGUAAUAUGCCUCGGGAAUUUAAAAUGGACUUUGACCUUGUCAUGAAGAACAUCAGAGAACUUAACAUUCUGGCGGGAGAAGGCUGUAGUGAUGUAACAAGAACUAAAGAUGGUGCUAGACUGAAGGUAUGAGUGGUACAUUAGUCGUGAUCCAGUUACCAACUUAUUGCUUCUCUUAGGAAUACGAUUUCAGUUAUCACUAUAAGGGUUCUAGAUUUUUAAUCUGGAAGUUGGCGGUCGACGGCUUUUAAAACAAUUUGCAGGCUCCCCCCUCGUCGUAAAAAAAUAAUGAUAAUAAGCAAUCGUCUGAUCGCUGGUUACCACCUUAUUUUAGGACAACUUAAGGCUCGCAGGAGGUAGAAAAUAUAUAUAUAAUUUUUGAUAGUGGGACCCCCACUUGUCUGACGUUUUAUAUCCGAUCCGCCAAUCCUCGUUGUAGACAAAGAAGUGCGAUGUUUCAGGCUUUUUGAAUAGAUAAAAAUACAUUAUAAACAUUCAGAAACGUUGAGCCUGUCUUGAAUGCAAUUUUAGAAACUUUAAGAUUGACCUACUUUACUUAUUAUUAGAAAGUUUAUCACAAGGCAUGCGGCUUUGGUAACCUCAUAUCACCGACCCGAUUUUCGCCAAAAUAUUUUCAAGGUCUUGUGUCCGCUUGGUGCCUUUAAAUUGACUCGCCUUUUAUCUAGUGAAAGACGAGUCUUGGUAGUUUAUUUGCGUCCGUGUUCUGACCUUUCAGCAUCAAAUUUGGAAUCAGAUGGAUAAUUUAUUUUGCUUGUUUCGAAAAAAAGGAGAAGAAACGGUAGUCAAUAUUUUAUCGAUACAGCAAGAAUCACAAAGACAGUAGAGAAAUCGCGGUGGUAGGGACGCGAUAAAGAAAUCGUGCUAGAGAAACCCCAUUAGUUCUCAAUCGCGUUUGCGAUACCUCUGUCGCGAUUUGUCGAUGGUGAUCGUGAAAUUACGCUAACCCCAGUACAAGCCACCGUUUUUUAUCUUUCAACUGUUUAUUUGCUGCUCGCAGGUUCGUGAUCCUGUUCCACUGUGUUUGUAUGCAAAUGGUAUACUGAUGUUUGGUGGUCCAUUCAGACCGUAUUCUGAUCCAGUCACACAGGUUAGCAGCUAUCUAAAAAUAGCGACCUUUCGAUUUGACCACGGGCACGCAAUCGAGUGCGAGUAUGAGUAUGGAAUUUCCAGCCAAUUGUAUCUCCCAUAACUCCCUUAACUCCUUUCUGUUGCUGGGUAGCACAUAUGUGAACGUUAGGUAUAAGAUUAGUGGGAUAAGUAGUUAUAUGUGGCAAACGAAUUUAGUCUAAAGAAACUCGCACACAAUAUCGUACUCCUUGUACUGUCUAAAGGUCCCUAAUACCUAUAGGAGGGCGGUAGGUUGAGAAUUAUUGUCAGCAAAUGCAGAAACUAAAUGGUACUAAUAUUAGCUAAUUGAACAAAUGUGACGUGGCUGAACUAGAAAAUGUUAUCUAGCAACGAUUUUUCGCGCUGAUUGGUGAAGAGCUAUGGUCCAUGAGAGUAUAGACCGUAAAAACGACUUGAUGAUGGUGCAACUUUUUUUCCGGUUUCCCGUGCGCCAUUUUCCAAGAAACUUAACCGGAAUUCGAAAUGGCGCUUAACAGUUGUAUGUGAGAAUACAGAUGGACAACAAUAGUUUGUGUUUUAUAAUCUUGUAGACCAUACUAAUGACGUCAAAAUGUUCAAGCUUGUCUAUGACUCAUGGUCAUGAACAUUUUGACUUCAUUUAUAUGGUCUGUAAGACCAAGGCCAAACGUCGAUCUUUUCAUUCGACGAACCAAACCGAGCAAGUUCAGUUCAUGACAAGAUUCGACAUUGUCUCAGUUAAGUUUUUUUGACUCAGCUUUAGAUAGACAAACUCGUUGAAUCCAUCCGCUUCUAACGAAGUACCUUGGAAAGUUUGGGGUGUUUUAUCGUCUAUAUUUUGAUUGUUUAAACAUUUAAGGUAACAAUUUCUCUUCUUGCACUAAUUUAUAGACGACGAUUGAGACAAUGUCACAAAGUUCUACUUUUAAUCAGCACCUUUUGUGUUACAGCAAUGCAUGAAAGACAUAAUGGAUGGUUAUUUUCCCAGCGAACUACAGAGCAGAUAUCCUGAUGGCAUUCCCUUUGAGGUACAUAACACAGCGGCCAAAGGGAUGUAGAAUUAAUUAGUCAAAGAGGCGGUUACUGGGGCCCGUUUCCGAUUCUCGAAAGCCUUGACACCUCAAAAAGCGAUUUUAUUUCUGCAGUGCUUUCAGUUAUGAUUGAAAUGUUAUUGAUUUUGAAAUUUCCGUUGCAGUAUCGUUAGUGAAUGAAACAACUGGGUUGGGUUGUUGGUUAGAACCGCACUACUAUUCGUCUGGUCCCAGUUGUUCAGAAGGUGCAUAGCGCUAUCCAUCGGCUAAAUCUCUAUCCACUGAAUAGCGCAGGAUAGUGAUUUAUCCGAUGGAAAGCGCUAUCCAGCUUUUGAACAACUGGUGCCAGAUUUUGAUUUUAGAAUAAGGCUUCGAGCUCAAUAGACCUAUUCGAUUAAGGGCCUGUUUACAUGAAGGUGGGGGACCCCAGGUAGGUGAGGUAACAUGUGGCGGAUUACCCCACCUAACAUGUAAACGUGAUCAAAUUAAACUGAGAGAUUGUAUGAACAGGCGGGUUACCCCACCUGAGCGGCUUACCUCACCUACUUGGGGUCCCCCACCUCCAUGUAAACAGGCCCUAACUCAAAGUUGUACCCAAUUCAAACCCUCUGGAAAUAAAAACGUUUUGUUUCAGGAAUUUCCAUGUCAUUUAAAUGUGAAUGCGACAUUAUAAUGCAAAUACAAUACACAAAGAAUCUUAACCCUGGGAGAUUUGAAUUGGGUACAACGUUGCCGAAUAGGUCUAUAGAAAAACCUGUUCAGGAGCCGUUACUCUGGAGGAAGAAUCAUAGUUUUGACAAAUUUUCAGGGUCAGAAGGUGAACGCUCUAAAACGGUUUUGUAUAAUUAUGCAGGUUCAAGACAAAAGAGACGUGGUGUAUGAGGAUAGAAGGACGGCUUUGUUGUUCCCUGGUGAAGGGCAGUCGUUAGUUGAUGACGAGAACGGUGAUAGAAACCUCAAAGUGGAAAGUCAACCACCAGGUUCGUUUGAGUGUAGUGUUACUUUGUUCCAUACACAAACUUCAUUUACCGUUAGGACUUUUGAAAGGUAAAGUUACAGUAAAUGAAGGGAGCUAAUCCAGGGGAAACGGCUUUUGGUUUGAAAAAUCAGGAAUUUCAAAAAAUCGAGCUUAGAAAAAUUUCGUAUUCCAUUGUAUGACAAGAUUGUGAACAGUGACGUCACGAAUCCCUUCCUAGAUUUCCUUUUUAACACGCUAAUUUCAUUGAUAAAAACUUGUGCGUAUGCAGAUUGCUACAUUACCCUCUUAAGCGUGAGACUAAUUCUUUUUUUUGUGAUUGUUCAUAUAUUUUUUACCUGUUUGUUGCUCACUUUUCUGCUGAAAUUCUUUUAAUCAGGUCAGAGGCAACAGUCUGUGGAGCAAUUUUUAUCCCGUCUUCCGCAGUCAGUAAUAAAAGAGGGUAAAAUAAUAGACGUGAGAUCGGGAGUAGCUAAUGUUAUAAAGGUUUGCAAUUUAAUUGAUUUAACUCUAUUUGAUAGAAUCUUUUUGAAAUAAACGUAAAAAUGGCUGAUUAGAAGUAUCUAUGCUUACAACUACAGUAGUAUCUACUGUAGUUGUUCUUUGUUGAAUUCCGUCCUCCCCCUCCGUACAUUUGUUUAUUUUUCAAUUGAGACGAGAAUUAGAAUCACGUUUAAGGCAAACGUCAGAUUCAAGUUGACAAUUUCUCAAAUCACGAAAUGAGCAAUAUCCAACGUAAUUCUUACAGAUGAUAGUUGCAUCACACGACUUUUAUGUAGAUAUAAUGAACAGCAACCAGCAAGAAAAGUGAAAACUUGGUUGUGUGGUAGAAAUCAUAUGUCGCAUGGCGGGUUGUGUUCCAUCCUACAGCAUGUAUGUGUAGAAGUGAUCAUACUGCUCCUGGUCGAAAUUUUUACGUUCAACGAACACUAGUUUGGCCUUUGGAAAUUGCGUUCGAGGGUCGUACAUUUUAACUCAGUGAAAUAUCUUUUUUAACAUGGAGGUGGGGGUGGGGGAUUGGUGGAGGGGUUUGGAAGUGAUUUAUAUCACCGACUGUCUCUUAAUGGACACCUGUAAGACAUACAAUUCCGCAAACGUACACCUAGGGUUAGUCCCUGCUUUCUAUAGUAUGCUGCCCGCUAUUUUACUCUCUGUGAGAAGGACACCUCUCUUAGAGAGAGUUGUCUUUAUUAAGUUUAGCACUUGUUUCGCUGUGCCUAUCUCUAGCGACUUUGUAUGGUGUCUAUUUUGUUCAAAAUAAAUCUCUGUUCUCGUUACUAUAGGGUGGAGCAGGCCAUUCAGACGUCAAAGUUCUUGAUACACCCGCUCUCCAGGAUAUUAAGACCAGGUAAUCCGCUAUAUUGUGGUCCCUCUGGGGCUUCCUUUCUUAAAAGGCCUAUUAGCACUAAUCCAGGCUUCAAACUCACAUCUCAAAAUAACCAGUGUUACCAGUUCUUACUCCAGUGACGCCAUGCUAAGACAAAUAUCUGAUGGCGUGCGGAUAGACAAAGUAUACCAGAGGCUCGAAGAGCGAAAUAUAUCUCAAGACGUUUAGUUCUUAUUUUUACAGUUUUUACAGUUUCUAGAUUUUUAGCACGUAGAAUAUGUAACGAGACGUAAUGCCUUCUUUUUCUAGUUCGAGGUUAAAAACUUCAAUCCAUAAUUGUAUGUGUCUUGUUAUAAAUUCGGUAGAAUAUGAUUUUGUGUUAGCAUGACUAGAUCUCGAAGUAAGGGCUUAAUAAUAUUUUUUUAAGUUCCUAGACAAGAAUUUUUUCAAAAACUUUGGCUAAACACUGGGUUAAUUAAGCGACUAGCCAUCUUUAGACGAUCUAUGCCUUGAUGGUUAUUUUCUCUUUUACUUCCUAAUUGGCUGAGUUGAUCUACCUCACUCUAGGCCCGAUCGGUCAAAAGAUAGCUAACUUGUGCUUUGGAUUAGGCCGAAUUACAAACAAUACUUUUCGCAAAAAUUAUAAGAAGUGAAAAAAGCGUAUUAUGCUGUAUUUACCUGCAUACCUUGAAAAGUGUAAAUUGUAAAAGUCUUAUUAUCUACCCCUCCCCUCCCCCCCCCCCCCCCCCUUGUUUUUUUGGGUUUUUACACCCCCGUUUUGGGGCUUUUUUGCAAAUUUCUUUUGCCCCCCUUUAAAACAAGUGAAAAAAAAAUUUUUGAGGCCUCCCUAAGUGAAAUUUUAUUUGAAGUUGGAAGCCCACCCCAUAUAAACAACACCUAAUACUUUUCUCGUGGUUCACCGAUCAUGAGAAAAAAAGAAAGAAACUUGAAUUUGUGUGUUGAGCAAAAUAACAAUAAUACUUUACCUUAAAAAUAUAAAAAAAAAAAAAAAUAGAUAAAGGUAGAAUUUCCUUGAUCACCUGAAAAAUUAUAAAUUUUAAAGUCUUUAUUUCAUCCCCCCCCCCCCCCCCCCCCCCUCCUUGCUUUUUAGGGAUUUUACUACACUGAUUUGGGGACUUUUUGCAGACUACUUGUGACGCACUUUAAAAUCAGUGAAAUAACAAGUUAUGAGUGCCUCCUAAAGUGAAUGUUAAUUUGAGAUGGACGACCACACCAAGGACUACUGGCCCUGCUCUUUAUGAACACUAGAACAUUGUGUGGGCUCGUUAACAUCCCACGGGGUUUAUACUUUCUGCAAAGAUCGUGAGACGGAGUCUACGGUUUAUGGUCUUAUCUGACGAGACUAGAUUCCAGGGCUGCCGCGUAGUGCCUUGGAGCGGGGAUGUACAAGCAUCACCUCAGACUACUCAGUGCGCGGAUCCAAACCUUGAGAUAAGGCGAGGGAGGGGGGGGGCGUGGGGGGCAGCGGUCAUCCAGACCCUUAGAUAAGGGGGGGGGGGCUCCCACAAUUUUUUGUUAUUGGCCCUUUAGUCUAAACAUAAUUUGGGGGGGGGACACCGGGCCCCCCAGGCCCCUCCGUCUGCCACUGCUACUUUCAUGGGAAACAAAAAAAAAACUAAAAAGAAAAUCGACCAAAAAGAACUUCGUGGCUGUUCUAUUGCCCACCUACUUAUUGCAUAUAUGAGACAUCUUGACAUCAGUGACAGCUCUGCUAGAAAGUCUAACCGUUCGUAGAUAUUGUUACAAAUGCAGCACUUUUUUUCUCCUCUGGCCGGGGUUUGAACCUCUGGCUUAGCUGACCGGUGCUUACCCAACUGAACUAACCAAAAUCACAGCCUAAAACGGUCGGUAAGUCAGUUAACCAAACGGCCAGUUAAGAUUUAAAACUUUGCUUUAUCGCUGACCAUCCCUUUGACUAACUGCUAAGUUCUUUUAUUUAUGAGAGAGACGUCUCAGAGUUUUAAGAGAACUCUUAAUCACUUUGUACAAUUACAUUACAGGAGUGCUUCUGGGCCAAGACCACAAUCGGGUUCACCUCAAGUUACAACCUUAAGAAUCAAGUCAGAAUCAGGAGAAAUGGUAAGUUAGCCAACAUGACAGACUCAGGAAGUUGUGCGACGGGGGGAAAGUAGGCGAGACCAGUGAGAAUGUUUCAACUAAAGCUAAAACUGGCGGUCCCCUAAGUAAAUUACAGGGUUCGCACAGUUUGGAAAGUCCUUGAAUUUGAGGGGGAGUUCUUGAAAAGUCCUUGAAUUCUAUUUUUCCUUGAAAAGUCCUUAAAUUUCUGUGCAAGCCCUUGAACUUUCUUCACCUUUCAAACGUAGUGGCCUUGAAAGUGUUUUUUAAUGCCUCUUGGUUGUCCAAAACAGAAAGCAAAUCAUAGCUCAGAGAAGUUAAAGGUGAUCUACUUGAAGCGUUUUUUUUGUUUCAUGCAAGAAUUAGCUUUCAAUUAACGAAUUUGGAGGAGCAAACAGUUCGAGCCUUAAAGUCCUGUUAGAAUGGACUGGAAAUUUGCAUUUUUGUUCAAUCUGUGAAAUUAAAUUCCUGGUAGGUGGUCUUUGAAAAGUCCUUUAAAAAUGGUUGCAAUUUUUUGUAUGAACCCUAUACAAAAUGCAUAGGGGAUAUUUAAGUGUCAUUGUCACUAAGGACCAGGCAGGGUCCGCGGAUCGAGGUCGGCCGAUUGCCUCCAAAUUUUCAGCAUUUUUUCUCUAUCAGAUAAGAUUACGAUCGGUGGUAUUUUUAGUAAAAUAAAAUUAAUUUCUUAGAAUUUUGACCACCCCCCUAGUUUUUGGUGCUAUUUUGCCCACGUGAGACGGAAAAUUUGGGUAAACUUCCACGACACAUUUUACUUACUUGGCAUUAGCCUUAUUCAUUUAUACGAACUGUACAUACUUUCCAGCCUAUAACCAGCUCAUGUCUUCAAUAUAAACGAAUUUUGUUAAAAAUAACUUACUUUGGAGCGGUUCCAAAUAUCAUCACUUCGUGGCUAUCGCAAGUAAGAAGAAUUUUGGCAAUUUUCCAAUCUGGUUUUCUCUAAAGUGCGGCAGUUUAUAUCCAGAUCAAAACUAUUUUUUUUUAGCCUGUCAUAAAGUCUUUACAAAUACGCAAACUCUUAUUUGGCAAGUUAAAAUACCUUCGCGUGAGCUUUCUCACAACUUUAACCUAAUUUCCUAAUUUGCAUAAUUGUCGUUUUUCCCGGAAAUAUUUCACGCUUGAUUAAUUUGCGACAUAUUCCCGGUGUUUGUGACUAAGAGCAACACAUUACUUUUUCAGAUAGGUGGCCUGCAUAUUAUACUAUACUUCACUGUCAAACUCUUUGAAAUAUUGAGCGGUUCUGUUAUUUGGUAGAAGUACACUUCAGGGAAAGAUAAUUUUCCAUCCCUUAUCUGAUUAUCUGCAGACAGCUGUCCUGUUCAGCUGAUUUUGCUGUUUUCAAUAUGGAUGUUAGUUUGACUUGUUCGUUCAGUUCUCCUGAUUCUGCCUGUAGUUUGGAGGGCACGGGGUCGCAGGUUGUACCCCUGUUGGCGUGCAAGCUAGACAUCACUGCACAUCUACUAAGCCUGGGAGUCAGCUCAGGGCAACUGCGAACCGGAGACGAAAACGUUAAUGAGGUUGACCUGAUCCUGAAUAGAGCUGGAUACUUUGUUACAACCGAUAACGAGAAAAUGUCAAUGACAAUAUGCCCGAGACACAGAAAAAAACUAACUACAGACUGGGCUGGCAGAAAGAGCAACACAUGCUCGUAUCCAAGUCAUCGAGGACCGCGGAAAACUAUAAAGAAACCGCGCCGCGUAAACGCCACCUUGUCGGAAGAAAUUUAUCAAUUUCACCAAGCCACAGUUCCCAUUGGCUCGGGUAAGUACAAAUCGGGUGCAGCCAGACCGCAGCCUUAAUACUUAGAGUUGUAGUAUGGACUUCACUGGUAAAUACAAACGAAACCUUUAUUUCGAAGGUACUUAUUUUACUUUGUGCUUAUGGAUAUGGUUAGUACAUAAAUUUUAUUUCUUUAUCGGAAUAUGCUAAGGGAACGAAGCAAAACGUAAUCCGAUGCCAUUGCUUUUUGUAUUUGAAUGAGCUUUUCUCUUUUAGUCGACUCGUUUAAAUAUACAAAGGCAUUGCCUAAUUCUGUUGCAUUGUCUGAUAUCCUUCUGACUUUUUCGGAAAAGGGGAGGGAGAGGGGACGUUGGGGUAGUGUUUCGAGGUGGAUUGAAGUGGUAAUUUGCUAAUCAAGCACCCCGCCUGCAAGAUGACGCCAAAUGGGAGAGGACGGGGGAAGAGGAGAACUAGGAGGGGGAGUAGAGGGAAUGGGAAGUUGGGUGGGGCUGCAAGGGACGCCCAAACACUCCUUAUUUCACUCACCUUCCUUUCUUUAGCUGUUAAGAAAGCAAAUUACCGCACUUUAAUUUGGUCUUACGUGAGUGACACAAACUACAGUCAAUGGACAUAAGUAUUCGUCACUAUCAAAAAUAACGCGCGAAAUUCUUACCCGCGUUGUGCACACUACGCGGGGGAAAACUAGAUGCGGAGCGCGACAUCGGUCAAUAAAGGCGGGAAAAUUAUGUAAAAAUAAAAACAAACAAACAUCCGACUAAGAGCAAGAAAAAAAUUUCAAACUUCCCAAAAGGAAACGAACAAAAGCUGUUUGUGUUUUGACACAUCGUUCAGUCAGUUAUUCAACAGUAACUGCAACGGGUGGUCGCAAAAAAAGAUCACAGUUAUUUUGUUUUGCUUCUGAUAAACAAUAUUCAGCACUCGUGAGUCGACAAAGUGCUUAACUGUCUGCAGAGACAAAAGAAUUAAUUGUUACUUUGUCAGAAUCCGUGAAAAACAAAGCUGAACUGUCAAGACUGUUGAGCAUUCUAAGAACGACUAUCACAGGUGGAACAAAAGAUAAAUUUGAUGAUCUGGGGAUGUUUUUGAUAUGAUGGUGUUGGAAGUGUGACUUCAGUUGAAGGCAACAGCAACUCUGCCAAGUACAUUGACAUCCUAGAAAAUAAUGUAUGGCCAGUAGUUGUUUAGUACUUAGAAGACAAAGACUACAUGUUCAUGGAUGGCAAUACGCCAGUUCACAGCGGAGCACACAAUGUAAAUAAUUAUAAAGAUAAAGCAAAGUACCCUUAAUGGAAUGGCCAGCACAGUCUCCAGAUUUAAAUAUAAUAGAAAACAUUUGGCUUUACAUCAAGAGAGAGUUACAAAAGUCCACUGAAAAUAUCGCUACCAAGAAUGACCUUCUUCGUGAAACUGAGAGUGUGUAGCGGAAGAUCCAAUUAGAUUGAAUAUGAAAGCUUUACCAGCCCAUUCCUGAUCGCCUAGACAAUGUUAUCAAAAUGACGGGUCAUCUUACCAAAUACUAAGGUGAUUUUAAACUUAAAUUUACCGUAAACGAAGUUAAAACAGCGCGCGUAAACGCCGCCAUAUUGAAAGUGACGAAUAUAUAUGUCCCUUGACUGUAUAUUGAUGAUGGGUAUGAUAACGAUAACCAUAAAGACGAUGGUGACGGUAUAAAGGGUCAAUCACGUUGAUGGUGAUCGUGUUGGUUAUUGUUGUCAGUAUUGUUAAUCUAUUUAUCAUUAUCAUUUUUUAUGACAGCUGUGUGUUCCAGCUGCCGUGGAGCACACUACAAAUCCCGUAAGGCUCACGGUUUCAUGUCUGGAGAGCAGGUAAGCUAGUACACAUUGGCCAUUCACAGCUUAGUGUAACUAAGCAUAGUGUAACUGACCAUAUAAUCAGAGGAUGUUUUGAUACCGCCAACAGGUGCACUGAUAUCUAUAACAACUGACAACAUGAAUAACACGUACCUUUGUUGGUUUUCCUGUCUUUUCUUCAAUGGGUAGCCAUUUGGAAUCGUUAAGGUGUGGUCGAUUUCCAAGAGGCUUGGGACCUAGUUAUAAUGAUAGCCAUGUCUAGAGUUUUCAGAUCGCGCGUCGAGAACAAUUACUCGACUACAUCUGAAUGUUUUCUGAAUGACAAAUUGGUCUUGACCAGUGCUUGAAGAGACCAGCAACAACAAAGAUGCGAGGGCACCCUUUGGCAGCGGCUAGGAAACACAUAUAGAGUUUCCACAGUUACAUGUAUUGGAGAUCUUUGUGGAAUUGUUGACGAUCUUGUCCAUAAUUUGCUAAUCUAUUUUAUUACGCUUCAGGAUCCUUACUCAGACACCUUGGUGAUUGGAGACGAGAUCGAGGAGUCUGAUUCUGCCACUGUCUCUGUCAUUACUGUUUGUGAGGAGAGCACAUUGCCAGCCACGGUGUGUGCAGCGGUCUCAAGCACUGGUGAGGGGUUAGAAACAGUCUCUUUGCAGUCCCAUUCGUCCCAAGCCUCGAUACCAGACGAAGAGAUUAGUUUAUGGGUUGACGAGAUGGAGGAACAAAACAGCAAACGGCAGAAAUUAAACGAAGCUGUCCACAGCAUCUCAGGUGGCCGCUACAGCCCCGUAAUGUCCAGCCUGAACACGACCUGGGACGACGUCUCCGACACCCAGCAGCGAUAUUACAUCCGCAAAGCUAAGGAGACUAUAGUGACUUCAUUGUCUGUCAUCACUCCCGGUCAAGAGGAACUGGUUUGGAAGGCGUUACAAACGGAGGUACUUUUGGAUCCAAACAGAGACAACCAAGGAAAGCGCAAGCGUUUUGAUCCCAACUCUGGUCUUGUCGACAUUUUAGUCAAUGCCUAUGAGCAAGCAGGUCAUUGGCAAACAAAGCGACAGAUCCUUUCCCUCUUUGCAGACGACUUUUCAAGAGCUGAGCUUCAAGAGAUGAUCCCUGGGCUUUCCAAAUGGCGCAUCGACCAAGCUCGCCAACAUGCAACAGAAGCAGGGAAAGGCCAGCCUCUCCCUGAAAUUCCUAGUUUCCGUACAAGAAUUGAGCAUGAAAAGGUGGAUCAUUUCAUUGAAUAUAUCUCCAGACCAGAAUUUGUCCAAGACGUGGCGUUCGGGACAAAGACUCUCAAGCUUGACUCGGGGGAGAAAAUUGUCAUACCAGCAGUCAUUAGGACCGUCAUUCCUUCACGCAUCAUCAGACAAUAUUUAGACUAUUGUAAAGAACAAGAGUUCGAGCCGGCGAGCCAGCGUUCUCUCUACCGAAUGAUUGAAGUGUGUUCGGCCUCUAUGCAGAAAUCCCUUCAGGGACUUGACAACACCACUGCAGAGGGUACAGAGGCUUUUGAUCAACUCUUUUCUAUGUUGGAGGCCUUAGCAGAUCAGGGCAUCAACGUUACUGCCACUCAGAAAUUUCUAAAGGAUGCAAAAAGGUACUUAAAGAAUGAUUUCAAGACACACAUCGGACGAGGAGAACAUUGCAGUGAUCACUGCACGGUCCACGCACUAAGUGACAGUAGUGCAUGGGAGUUCAGGGGCGAAUGUGAUCAUGAACAUUGCUACGAAUGUGAGCGCUGUGAGAGUCUAGAAGGAGUACUGAAACAGGUGGCAGAGAUGCAAGACAAAGCGGACAUGACGGAAGAGGAGAGGGUUAGGUGGAGGUUUGAGUACACUGAGAGUGUGCGCAACAUACAAGCGUGGAAGGCUCACUUGCUACGGUCAAGUAACCAGGACGAAGCCAAGCAGGAUAUUCUCGAGAAGCUAGACGACAACUCGUGUCUUGUCGUAAUGGACUGGGCAAUGAAGUUUCUGCCUGUGCAAUACAGAGAACACAUGAGUGAUUUUUUUGGCAAGAGAGGAAGAAGCUGGCAUAUCAGUGCAGUAAUCACUAGAGCAACAGUGGAGAGCAAGCAUGAAGUCGAGUGUUUUGUACACAUUUUCAACAACUGCACCCAAAAUAGCUUUGCAGUUCUUUCAAUAAUAGAGGACUUGCUGCAAAAAGUCAAACUGGAGUAUCCAGGGGUGACAACAGCCUACCUCCGAUCGGAUAACGCUGGAUGUUACCACAAUGGGCCUCUGUUGUUAAGUCUUAGAGAAGUAGGGGUGAGAACCGGUGUCAGGCCAGUGCGAUAUGAUUUCUCAGAACCACAGGCUGGCAAGGACAUUUGUGAUAGGAAGACUGCUGCUAUGAAGGCACACAUAAAGCGCUGGGUCAACGAAAAGCACGACGUCGUCACUGCUGAAGAUAUGAAAGCAGCACUAGAAUCCCAUGGAGGUAUCAAAGGGUGCAGAGCAGCGGUCGUUGAGGUGGACACGACCAGGGAAAGAAACAAAGAUAGCAAGAUACCAGGCAUUAGUGUGUUGAACAAUUUCCAGUUUGAGGAGUGUGGCAUCCGUGUGUGGAAAGCGUACAACAUCGGCCCUGGACGCCUCAUCCCUUAUAGCGGUCUUGGAGUUACACCACAAGGAGAUACUGGAGUAAGGGUGGUAAAGCCAUUUGGUCAAGCUACACACAGGGGAAGCGUGGGUGAGAGCGUCAGGCACCAGUCCGAGAUCUACUCUUGCCAAGAGACUGGAUGCGUCCUCACGUUGAAGACCCAAGCAGAGGCAGACAACCAUAUGGACACGGGCAAGCACCGUCUUGAGGUGGACUGUGAGUCCAUGUAUGACCGCGUUAGGAGGAAAUGGGCGGGAAUUGUGACAGGGGUGACGUUCGCUCCGGAUGUGCCAACAACCUCAUCGCAAGGUGAGAAUAGUGGCAGCGCUUUCAGAGAACAUGACCCUAGACCAUUGGGGUGGGCUCUGAAGGUAACAAAACGACCCACUAGAAUGACUGAUAACGUCAAGACCUUCUUGAUGAAGAAAUUCGAAGAGGGUACAAGAACUGGAAACAAGGCCGAUCCUGUACGGGUAGCGAGGGAGAUGAAGACCCUCAGAAAUGAGGACGGAGAGCCCACGUUUAAGCCUGAAGAGUGGAGGACUGCGCAGCAGAUCAGUAGCCUGUUUUCACGUCAGACAGCGGCGCUGCGUCAUAGGGGUAUUGAUGCGGAGGAAAUCUCGGAGGAAGACAUCGAGGCUGCCGAGUCGGAAAUAGCGUUUGACACCCUUAGAAGUUUGGUGAUGGAUGAUAUGGGCAAACCAAGCCAUCCAAUCAUCGUGGGCAUUAGCAAUAUCUGCGAACUUGUAAAAAACAAGAAGCUUGACUCACUCAAACUGGCAGCUCUGAAAGAAAUCUGCAAUCAGCUACACCUGACGACAAGCGGACCACUGUCAAGAAAAAAAACUUUCUUUGAGGCCAUUCAAAAAUUCUCUGAGAGUUGCACGUGUUUUCAAAAAUAACGUUACAUGGUUUUAGUAGGGAGGAUCUCUAUGCUUCUACCCCAAUCUUCUCCAUUGGGGCCUUUUAGAUAGGUACAGGGAGACCCUUCGAUAACAGGGUUUAUAAAUACUUGUAAAUUAAAAAAUCGUGAGCAAUAUAAGACUGCAAACUGAAUGAAUGCUAUGGUAAACACAGUAAAACAAAAAACUGCAAGGAUUUUUACAUACUGCUAAACACCAGCUGUCCGUCGCUAUGCUUGAAUGCUAUCAUGGAUGAAACCAAUUCGGUUUUCUUCCUAGACAAAAGAGCAGUGCCGGAAGAUUUCAGCAGCAAUGCACACGGAUUGAUCAACUUUAGUAACGUUGUGUCAAAUCUGUUACGUUAUAAUGCAUUAAGUUUCGACUCACUAAUUUGCGCAUCUGUUCGAAUUGCAUUUCCUCUGCCACGAAUUGACUGUCAUUUCGGCAGCCUGUUUGCCUUCCAUCACACGUGGAGAAAACAUUAACUCUGUUAGUCUCCAAAACUAUUCACUACUUUACAAAACACAAUCUUGAGCCUGUCUGGCAUAUUAAUUUGCAUGUCCAUGUUUAGUGAAAUGACAGAAUUGUUAUGUUCGCCCCAAAUUUGUGGACUGUCAACGUCUGCAAGAUCGAAACAACAAUUAGUUUCAAAAACAAGAACCUCAUAAAAAUUAAUAAUUAAUUACGUGCAGGGUUAUCAUCGCUUGUAUAUAAUAUCAACAGACAGGUGAAGUUUUCCCGGGGAAAUUCGACAACAUGCAAAUUAGUUAAAUUUGAAGAAAGCUUACGGGAGGGGAUUUUGACCUACCAAAUGACAAAAUAGGCCGAUGAACUAUGGCCACUUACCUGAAAAAGUAAUGUUUUUCUCUUAGUGAUAGUAAAGAAGCCAAUAAACGCCUGCAACAAGUCGCAAAUCAAGCGUGAAAUUUUUCCCGGAAAAACUACAACUAUGCAAAGUAGGAAAUUAGGUUAAAGUUGUGAGAAAGCUCACGCGACGAGAUUUUAACUUGCCAAAUAAGAGUUUGCGUAUUUGUAAAGACUUUAUGACAGACUAAUAAAAAAUAGUUUUGAUCUGGAUAUAAACUGCCGCACUUUAGAGAAAACCAGAUUGGAAAAUUGCCAAAAUUCUUCUUACUUGCGAUAGCCACGAAGUGAUGAUAUUUGGAACCGCUCCAAAGUAAGUUAUUUUUAAAAAAAUUCGUUUAUAUUGGAGACAUGAGCUGGUUAUAGGCUGGAAAGUAUGUACAGUUCGUAUAAAUGAAUAAGGCUAAUGCCAAGUAAGUAAAAUGUGUCGUGGAAGUUUACCCAAAUUUUCCGUCUCACGUGGGCAAAAUAGCACCAAAAACUAGGGGGGUGGUCAAAAUUCUAAGAAAUUAAUUUUAUUUUACUAAAAAUACCACCGAUCGUAAUCUUAUCUGAUAGAGAAAAAAUGCUGAAAAUUUGGAGGUAAUCGGCCGACCUCGAUCCGCGGACCCUGCCUGGUCCUUAGUGACAGUGACACUUAAGGUCUCUUUUUCCCAGAUGCGUUCAAACACGUAAGUAUUGCAAGGCUCAUCGUGGAAAAGGACAAAUGAUUUGUUGAAGACAAGACAGGGAAUCUCCCUCAGCUUGCACCAUCGACGGUUGACUCAGAUAUCUAAGAUAGGAAGUUCAAAAUUUAAGAGGUUUCUUACAACUUUAUUCUCUUUUUGUGUGUUUGUUUAGACGUACAUCUUGAAAAUGAAGUUUACAGACUGUAUUUCUGAUGUAAGGAGUCACAUAGAUGCCGCAAGGUUUGUGCUCACUAUCCAAUUGUACCUCCUCAGUUGGUCCAGCUUGGUCCGAGCGCUGAAUGACGAGUUUUGGAAGUUCUGGAGAGUUUCAACUAGUAUUUUUUUACCAUCUUGCUUCAUGAAAGGUUGAUGUUUGUGUGAUUGCUCUUUUAAGUACGGUGGUUAGUUGCUCCCGGCUCUACCCCCCGACUCGGUGAGGUUGGUUUUCUUUCGUCCUCUUCUUCCUAACUGAUCCAACAGCAAGGUUGGACCAACCCGGAAGUAAUGGCUCUUUACGGGUCAUCGGGGAGAUUCAUGGCAAACGGCAGAUUUGAUCACUUGAUCAAUCUCCCGUCAUUUUUUUUUAAACGCGAAGAGGUUGGUGUCUUUUUGUCGGAUACAUUUGGGAUCGUAUGCCUCAAUAUUUGUAAUUUUUUUUUGUUUCAUAUUCCACACGAAAGAAUUGAUGAAAAUGAGUUAAACGCAAUUUUAGAAUAAUGAAAGCCGACUAUUUGUGGAGACUGUUAAGGUAAAUGCUCACCUUCACAGCACAAGACGCGGUGAUUACAGACAGAAAAUGGGAAGCUUGCCGUUUGCUAUAAACGUGGUGCGUAACCUCUGUAAUGAGAUUCUCAAGCAAGCCUCUCCUCUGCGAUAUAUUUUGUGAUAGUUCUUUGACGACGUUAAGCCGUCUUCACUUUUGUAUAAUGUUGAGAUUGCUGAUUUAUAUUAUUCUGUUUUAAAAUUUAGGCCUGAGAAUGCCCCUCCAUACGACAUCAAGACGUCAUUUCCCAACAAAGUCUACGAUGAUCCAGCUGCAUCUCUGCAGGAAUGCGGCUUAGUACCUAAUGCAACGCUGCACUUACUUGCCAAGAAAGUGUGA